GAAGACGUUCGGUGGUGGAUGGAUCCGUGAAGCCCUUACCUCCCGCAGAUUGAUUUUGGGGUGCCUGCAGCGCAGAUCUAUGCAUUGAUCUCUCCCGCCCCCGUUUGAUGGUCAUCUCUCUCUGCCUGCUUGCUGCAUUGACCUUCGGCAUCAGCGCACAUCGUGAGGCCACAGCACUGUCAGCAUCAUCCUUCGUGCCAUCCUUUGGACCGCUUUCCAGCAGCCCGCCACAAGAUCACUCAUCGCGCCAUCGCUCGCUGAUGCGUUUCAGGCCCUCUGCCAUCCCCACGCGCAUAUCCGCCUCAUCCGCAUUCCGCCCUGCCGCCGCAGCCGCAUCUUCUCUCGGCCAGAUGACGACCACACGCCUGUUCGCGACCACCCCAGACAUCGAGGAUAUGUCCAAGCUGAAUCGCGUCAGCUGUCGCAUCACGCAGCCCAAGGCACAGGGCGCUUCCCAGGCGAUGCUGAUAGCUACGGGCCUGAAGCCAGAGGACCUCAACAAGCCCCAGGUGGGCGUGGCGAGCGUGUGGUACGAGGGCAACCCCUGCAACAUGCACCUACUGGGCCUGGGGCACCGCGUCAAGGAGCAGCUGCAGACCGAGGGGCUGGUGGGCUUCCAGUUCAACACUGUCGGGGUGAGCGACGGCAUUUCCAUGGGCACCGACGGCAUGUCCUUCUCGCUCCAAUCCAGGGACCUCAUCGCUGACAGCAUCGAAACACUGGUCUGUUGUCGCACCUGGGAGGGAGGGAGGGAGGGAGGGAGGGAGAAACCGCCGGUGUAGUGUAGUGUGUUGUGAUGCUGGUUGGCUUGUUUGUCUGUCUGCAGAUGGGUGCUCAGUGGUAUGACGGUUUGGUGACCCUCCCCGGCUGCGACAAGAAUAUGCCCGGCUGCAUCAUUGCCAUGGGCCGCCUCAACCGCCCCUCCCUGAUGCUCUACGGCGGCACCAUCGCGCCAGGCAAGAGCGCCAAGGGGGAGGUGCUCGACAUCGUGUCGGCUUUCCAGUCCUACGGGCAGUAUCUAAGCGGCACCAUCACCGAGGAGGAGCGCCAGGACAUCGUCUGCCACGCCUGCCCGGGCCCCGGGGCGUGUGGCGGCAUGUACACGGCCAACACCAUGGCGAGUGCCAUCGAGGCUCUAGGCAUGUCGCUGCCGUACUCGUCAUCCAACCCGGCUGUGUCGCCCGAGAAGCAGCAGGAGUGCGAGAAGGCGGCCAGUGCCGUCAAGGCACUGCUGGAGAAGAACAUACGACCAAAGGACAUCAUGACCAGAGAGGUGAGGGCAGACGGGAUGGCUGCGACGGAGAAGGAAAGCUGUUAGUACACUGUGAUAUGAUCUGUCUUGCUGGAUCAUCAGGCCUUCGAGAACGCCAUGACGAUCGUGAUGGCUCUUGGCGGCUCCACCAACGCGGUGCUGCACCUGAUCGCCAUGGCGAGGUCGGUGGGCAUCGCCCUGACCAUCGACGACUUCCAGCGUGCGAGCGACAGGACGCCCCUCAUCGCAGACCUGAAGCCCAGCGGCACCUAUGUCAUGGAGGACGUCCACAAGAUCGGCGGCAUACCGUCCGUCAUGCGCCACCUGCUGGAAGAGGGAUACCUUCACCCCGACUGCCUCACUGUCACCGGCAAAACCAUCAAGGAGAACCUGCAGGUGAGGCAGCCAACACAACACACGGAGGGGCUGUUGGUUGCCCCGCCGCAGCCGACUGAUGCGCAUCUGUGUGGGGGUUGACAGGCGGCAAAGCCUUUGGACUUCAAUGCGCAGAAGGUCAUCCUGCCCGUCAGCAGGCCCCUGCAGCCCAAAGCACAUGUCAAGAUCCUGCGGGGCAAUCUUGCGCCAGAUGGUGCGGUGGCCAAGAUUACAGGCAAGGAGGGGUCGCGCUUCACGGGCCCUGCUCGAGUGUUUGACUGCGAGGAGGACAUGCUGGCCGCUGUCGAGAACAAACAAAUCAAAAAGGUAAGGGGGAACGGCAGACGGGCAUGAGAGGCACCUCUCUGUCUGAGCGUAUGUGGGCAUCGUUUGUGUUGUGUUGUGUGGUGGGUUCAUGCAGGGCGAUGUGAUAGUGAUUCGGUACGAGGGUCCGAAAGGCGGGCCGGGGAUGCCCGAGAUGCUCACCCCGACAUCAGGUGAGUGUGUGUAUGUUCUAUCUAUCCAUCCAUCCGUUGACUGCCAUGUGUGUCAGUGAUUAUGGGUGCUGGCCUCGGCAAGGAUGUGGCCCUCCUCACAGACGGGAGAUUCUCAGGAGGAUCCCACGGGUACACAUACCGACACGGCAGAACACAAAGCAGCUCAACUCACGGCAGCAUACGGCUCAACCCACUCUCUCUCCGUGCUGUGCUGUGUAUGCAGAUUCAUCAUCGGUCACAUCUGUCCUGAGGCGCAGGAGGGCGGCCCCAUCGCACUUGUGCGUGACGGCGACACCGUCACCAUCGACGCAGACACACUCAAGAUCGACGUGGACGUAUCCGAUGAGGAAAUGGACAAGAGGAGACAACAGUUCACGCCGCCGCCUUACAAGGUGCAUGCGUCAGACGAAAGAUCUGGCCUGGCUGCGUCUUAGCAUUCAUCAAUGUGUCUGUGUGUAGGUUGAGCGUGGCACUCUGCUCAAGUACAUCAAGAACGUGAAGAGCGCGUCGGAGGGCUGUGUCACCGACGAAUGGUGACCGGUGGUCAGUCAGGGCUAGUGCCUGCCUGGCCGCCACAGAUUCAUGUGAUGCGUUGCGUUGCCUGUUCGUGCUGUCUGUUCCUUUGUCGGUCAUUCUUCUAUGUCUGUGUAUGAGAGUCGCGACGUUUAUCUCAACACACAUCGUGGACAGCCCGUCAGCAUCACUGCAAACAAUGGGAGGUGGAGUGAUCUGUUUGCACGUCCAUGCAGUAACUUCAGAC